UUGCUGGUUAAAUUAUGGUCCAUCUGGAAGCAGAUGCAGACAGAAGAAGCUGUGUCCAUCCAUUACGACGUCGUCCAUGGCUCCGGUGAAGUUCGACAGCUCAGAUGCCGCCGUUCCUAUUGAAAAUGGGCCAGCCAAGGCAUGUAUCACCUCUGUACUGAAGGGUCUGGAAAUGAUCGCCCCUCUGGUCCGCUCUAUGGAGGAGACCCCUGUGCCCAUCCCCACUGAAGUACAUGGGACCAUCCCCUCCUGGAUCAAUGGAAACCUUCUCCGCAACGGCCCUGGGAAGUUUGAGUUUGGGAACACACACUACAACCACUGGUUUGAUGGCAUGGCCAUGCUGCACAAGUUCAAGAUCGAAGAAGGCCAGGUGACGUACAUGAGUCGAUUUUUACAAAGUGAUGCCUAUAAGAAGAACAGUGAGAGGGACCGCAUUGUGAUGUCAGAGUUUGGCACCCUCGCCAUGCCAGACCCCUGCAAGAACUUCUUCCAGCGCUUUCUAUCUCGUUUUGAGAUGAUUGAGGCCACUGACAAUGCAAGUGUGAGCUUUGUGAAAUACAAAGGUGACUACUAUGUCAGCACAGAGACCAAUUUCAUGCACAGAGUGAAUCCUGAGAACCUGGAAACAUUGGAAAAGGUAGACUGGAGCAAGUUCAUUGCGGUAAAUGGAGCCACUGCCCACCCACAUGUUGAUCCUGACGGUACCACCUACAACAUGGGAAACUCGUACGGAAGCAAAGGGGCCUUAUACAACAUCAUCAGAGUACCCCCAGAGAAGAAAGAGUCCACAGACACCCUGCAGGGAGCCAAAGUACUCUGCUCUAUUGUGCCUGCAGACAAGGCGCACCCCUCCUAUUACCACAGCUUUGCCAUGUCUGAGAACUAUGUGGUGUUCAUCGAGCAGCCGAUAAAGAUGGACCUGCUGAAAAUAGUCACAUGCAAGCUGAGAGGGAAGGCCUUGAGUGAGGGCAUCUACUGGGAUCCAAAGCUGCAGACUGUCUUCCAUCUUGUUGACAAGCGCACUGGCGAGGUCAGCUCAGUGAAGUACCACACCAAAGCCAUCUCAGUCUUCCACCAAAUCAACGCCCACGAGGAAGGUGGGUUCUUGUUGCUCGAUAUGUGCUGCUCUGACGAUGGUCAAGCAAUCAACAACUACCUGAUCCAGAACCUACGCAAGUCAGGAGAUGCUUUGGAUGAGGUGUACAACACUCUGUGCCGGGCUUUCCCUCGCCGUUUCGUUCUUCCUCUUAAUGUGACCAAUGAAACCCCAUUAGACCAAAACCUGAACACUCGACCCAUGAGCAUGGCAACCUGUGUCAAAAUCGGCAAAGACAAGGUGUUCUGUCAACAUGAGGAUCUACAUGGAGAGGACCUGCAGGAGUAUGGUGGACUUGAGUUCCCACAGAUCAACUACAGCAACUACAACACAAAGCCAUACCGCUAUUUCUACGGUUGUGGCUUCAGACACCUGGUGGGCGAUUCUCUGCUCAAGAUGGACCUGAAGGACAAGUCGCUCAAGGUGUGGUAUCAGAAGGGUUUCUACCCAUCAGAGCCGGUGUUUGUCCCAUCACCAGAUGCUGUGGAGGAGGACGAGGGUGUUAUCCUGUCUGUGGUUCUCACCCCCUCACAGGAUAAAGGAACAUUCCUCCUGGUUUUGGAUGCUAAAACAUUUGAAGAGCUGGGCAGAGCCAAUGUGCCGGUGAACAUGGCUUAUGGCUUCCACGGCACAUUUAACGCCUGUGAAUGAAUGAUGUGAUGUGUUACUGAUGUUGACUAUAACAUGAAGAAUACCAGUGCAGUGUCAACCAUUAUAACCACUAUAAUCCAGAUGGUACUGACUCACAGCUCUACAUGUUAAAGACAGAUCUUCUGUUACUGAACAAAUGCUCUUUUUCAUUGGUUUCUGGUUUGAAAUCAGACCCAAAUGUGAUGGUAUUGAUCAGUCCAAUCAUAUUCAGGCAAACUGAAGAUGAGUAUUAUAAAUACAUUCCUUUGGCAUUAAUUGUGCUGUCGUUAUUCGCAACAGAGUGUUAUGACCUCUUAUUCUGCUGCCUUAAUCCUGGUCAUUGCAGGUUGUAGCAUGUUUCAACCUUUAGGUCACUGAAGUGCCAAAUGCUUUUCUUUUGUACUUCUUUUUUAAUUGAGCAAUACAUUUUUGAGCUUGCAUGAAAUUUUGAACUUUUGUAAACUCUUCUUGGCAUUAAAUUUACUAUUAUAUGAA